AGUCAUUUGGAUUGUAUUGACUGACCUUUUCAGCAACACACUGACUAUUGUUGUUCUGUGUUUUUCAUUGAUCUACUUGACUUUCUACCUUGUGGAAUUUUUUGGAAUGUCAGGCAUUGUUGCUUUGGUUGUGGUAGGCCUGAAUUUAGAUUCUUUAAGCUUUAAACCGGGGAUGGAGUUCAUAAUUACUAAGUUCUUAAUAAUAUAUUCACGUGUAUUUGAAUAUUUAAUAUAUGCCUUCUUUGGCAUUGUGAUUGGAUGUGGUGAAAUCAAGUAUUUUAGAUUUCACACCCUAGUUUUCACUGUCAUCUUAUUUGUAACAGUGAAUUUUGUAAGGUUGCUUACUAUUAUUAUAGUGAGCCCCAUUUUGAUGCAUUCAAGUUAUGAGUAUGAUUGGCGAUGGGGAGUUGUUAUCACAUGGUCUGGAAUUAGAGGAGCUUUUAGCUUACUCUUGGCUCCUGAUAUUUAUAAUUUUGCGGAACAGAAAAUAGAUGCACCACAUAUGUUUAUAUUCUAUAUACAAGUACUGUCAUUAUUGACAAUGGGAAUAAAUUCACAUAUGAUGCUUCGGUCUGCCAGGACAUUGGGUUUGUGUGCUCUGUCUCCCCUAAGACAAACUGCCAUGAAAAAUGCCAUUCAUCACAUACAGACAAUUAUACGGAACACAAUAACUUUAUUUAAAUCAGAAAAACUUCUGACAAAUGUUAAUUGGAAUGUAGUAGAAGAUAAAGCAAAGACUGAAUACCAUUCUUUUUCCCAUGUUUCCCAUGGUGAAAAAGAGGAGUCCCCGACAGAUGAAGUUUUAAUAGAAGAAGCCAGAUUGUAUGUGGCCAUAAUACAAAUGAGUAGCUUUGAAAAACAAUGUAGUGAUGGAAUCCUUGAAGUAGAGGCAGCCCGAGUAUUAAUUGGUGCAACCAAAAGCUAUUGCCCCAUCCAAGGAAAAUUCAUGAGUAUUGCUGAUGUUUCAACUUAUGUAAGAGCUAGAAGUUGGCUUAUAAUGUUUAAAAAUUACUUGGACUAUCGCAAAGAAAAAAUACUUUUUACUGUACCCAGGAGUAAUAAAUUUCUGACUUUUGUAUAUUAUAUUAUAAUUUCAGAAGAAUUUGAAUAUGCAACACAUAUUGUAACAGUCAUGUAUAUUUUCCCUAUGAUAAUACAUUUAUGGCCAAUGGCAAGAGAAUUAAAUGUAUCAGCAUUGAUAUCAAUAAACUACUAUUUUAUAUUUUUAUAUAUAUUAAAAUCAACACUGCAGAUACUCAUUUUAAAAAGGAAAUACUUUCAUCAGAAGUGGAAUAAUUUGGAUUUUUUCAUCAUAAUUAUUGGAAUUAUUGAUAUAUUGUGCUUAUGCUCUGUCAAGCUGAGACCAGACAGCUUGUUUCUUAUUCAGUUUACAGUGAUAAUAGGAUAUUUUAGAGUCAUUAGGUUUCUUCCUAUCUUCAAGGUAAGGCUUCCAAUACUAAUAAAUAUUGCAGAUGUGCGGAUCAAAAGGAGUCUUGGCUUGAUGUACAGUAUUACAAAAGGCUACGUCAAAAGUCAAGAAGAUGCCAAGCUUUUAGUAAGGCAAAUUUCCAGCCAUGAAUCAAUCUAUAAAAAAUUGUGUGACAUUUUGGAGAAAAACAAACAAGAUGCUGUUAGAGAGCUCGGACUCAUAGAGCAUGAAGGUAGUGAUGUGGUCAUGGCUUUGAAGACAAAGCAGGCAAUCUGUACUGUGUUUGCUAAAGCUCUGGAACAUCUCGCCUUCCUUCGGUCGAGAGGCCUUAUUAAUAGACGUGACGGCAUUGAGAUGAAUAAGAUACUUCUCACAAAAAUAAAAGCACUGGACAACUUUCCAAAGGCAAUGCCGCCUCCUACACCAGACAAAUACUUUCCUAACAUCAUUUGGAUGGAAAAUAACGAUGUUCUUAUUGAGUUCUUCAAGGAAAGAACUAAACUUGCCUAUUUUGACUAUGGAGACAUCACUUUUAGAGAAGGUGAAAUGCCACAAGAAAUCUUUCUAAUUAUUUCAGGAAUGGCAAGUUUGCAUAGCUCAUCUCCAACCUUUGGGAUUGACGGUAGCAAGAGGGAUGAUAGACCGGUCAAGACUAUGUAUACAGAGUAUUGUAGGAGUGGGGAUGUGCUUGCAGAACUGAGCUGUUUGCUUUAUCAUGAAAAUGAAUAUACUGCCAUAUCUGAAACUACUUUACAAACCUUCUUCAUCUCUAUAGAAGAUUUAUAUGAAGGCUUUGAUGUCUUCUGGCCUUCUCUGGAAUAUAAAAUAUGGCUCAAGGUUGCUCUUGGUAUUGCGAAUCAGUAUUUUGGAUCAAGUAUUGCUGGUGAGGAAUUAAAAUUUCAGAAGUGUGUGAUGUUCAAUAACGUGUAUGUGGAGACUCUGUCAAACUAUAAUGAAAUGGCUCUUAACCAUGAGACUAUGAAAUUCGUUAUUCUUGUAUAUGGCCAUGUAAUUAAUACCAAGACGGAAGAACCAUAUGUUGCACCUAUCAUUAUUCCUAAAUCCUGUGAGCAGAUUCAAGGGAUUUCAGGUGUAAGCAAACCGUUGAUAAUUACAGUAUCUGAGCCUACCAAAAGUGGGACAACCUUCCAUGCCAUGGGUAAGGGCUAG